GCUCAUAUGAUUAAUUGAAAAAGAAACAGAGAGAAGAGCAGAGAGACGUUAGUGGAAGAGGAACUGAAAGGGAAAGGCGGGCGACCUUUGCUGACCCUUCAAGUCUCUCCCUCCCUUCAUGUCCCCUUUUCCAUUUUUUAACUGUUUUACACUUUACGCUUCUCUCUCCCCAACUCCACCGGUGAUACAACUUUCCGGUACCGGAAAAUUCAACAAACUUCCCUAAUAUUUCUCUAUCACAAAUUUGAAAACAGACCCACAAACACUGCUGCUUACUAGCUUCAGUUUAUGUCUUUUAACUCAUAUUUUCAAGAUUCUUCCUUUACUCUUACUAUUGAGCUUUUUCAUACUUGGGUUUUUCUAAAGACUUCAUUUUUAGCUUUAAAAAAAACUUUUUUGGGUUUUGUGUAUGAAGUGUUAAGAGGAAGAAUAUGCUGUAUUAGGGCUUGAUUAGAAGUAAGGGGUUUAGGAAUGGAGUCGAAGAUUUGCAUGAAUGGACUGUGUGGAGCAACUUCUUUAAUUGAGUGGAAAAAAGGGUGGCCUUUGCGAUCUGGUGAAUUUGCCAUCCUCUGUGAUAAGUGCGGGACUGCUUAUGAACAACUACUCUUCUGUGAUUUAUUCCACUCGGAGGACACUGGUUGGAGGGAGUGUAUUUCAUGUGGCAAGCGUCUUCAUUGCGGAUGUAUUGCUUCUAGCUCUUUGCUAGAGCUGCUCGAUAGCGGGGGCAUUAAUUGUAUCAGCUGUGUGAGGAGCUGUCAGCAACAUGCUACCCCAAAUCAUGAGAAGCCCAAAGCUUUUGGAACUUCUAUCUCAAACAGUGUUGGUGAAACAGCUUCCACUUCUCUGGGCAGUCAGAUAAAUGGUUCAGAACCAAAUAAAAGAGAGGGUUCUGACAGUAUUGAUCCAGCACUUCUGCUCCUACACCAGAAUGACAACACCAAUAGGCCUAUAGGCCAAAUAAAAAUGGAAGAAACCUUCCAUCCUGCUGGAGAAUCUGGAAGCACUUUUUCAUCAAAUUUGUGUCAGGCUUCGGCGGAGUCCUCUAAAAAUGCCAAACUGGAUUCAUAUAACGGAUACAAAGGAGUUAUGGAGAUUCAUGGAUCAACGGUGCAAACAAAUUUAAGCAUAGCUCUGUCUGCACCUUCACCGAACUCAAAGCUCUUUCCUACUACAUUGGAUGAGGGGGACCUGAACAAGACAAUUUCUUCCUUGCAGCAAGGGUCUAGAUCUCGAAAUCUAUUGCCCAAACCCCCAAAAUCUACCUCUGCUUUGGGACCGGAGAUGAAUGCUGGCAUAAUUUCACAGAUUCGUGUUGCCAGACCACCGGUUGAAGGUCGGAUUAAGAAUCAGCUGCUUCCACGCUAUUGGCCAAGGAUAACAGACCAGGAGUUGCAGCAAAUAUCUGGAGACUCAAAUUCCACCAUCAUACCAUUAUUUGAGAAGGUCCUGAGUGCAAGUGAUGCAGGUCGAAUUGGCCGUUUGGUGCUUCCUAAAGCGUGUGCUGAAGCAUAUUUCCCACCAAUUUCUCAACCAGAAGGCCUUCCUCUGCGGAUUCAAGAUGUGAAGGGCAAAGAAUGGGUAUUCCAGUUCAGAUUUUGGCCAAACAACAACAGCAGGAUGUAUGUUCUCGAGGGUGUGACCCCUUGCAUACAAUCUAUGCAAUUACAAGCCGGAGAUACAGUAACUUUCAGCCGCAUGGAUCCAGAAGGAAAGCUUUUAAUGGGGUUUCGUAAAGCAUCAACUGUUAAUUCAACUCAGGAAAAUCGUCUGUCAGCCAUACCCAAGAGUGUUUUCUCUACUGAACCCACCUCCUUCUCAGCAAUGCCUGAGAAUCUACCUUUAAUGAGUGGUUACUCUGGCCUUCUUCAGUCAUUUAAAGGAAGCAGGGAGUCUUCUGUGAAUUUGUCCUCAAAGCAUUUCAAUAGUGGUGAUUUUAGCUGGUACUUAACCGAGAAGAACGGAGGCAGGAAUGCAGAUGGUGCCUUCUCCCCUUCAAUGCCUGUUUCAGAGCGUAAAAGAAGUCGUAAUAUUGGGUCAAAAAGUAAGAGACUGCUCAUUGAUGCCCAUGAUGCUUUGGAGUUGAAGCUUUCAUGGGAGGAGUUACAGGAUAUGCUCCGACCACCACUGAGUGUCCAGCGAACAACUGUCACCAUUGAGGACCAAGAAUUUGAAGAAUACGAACAACCACCUGUUCUUGGGAAGAGGAGUAUAUUUACUGUCCGCUUAUCUGGGGAGCAGGAGCAGUGGGCUCAAUGUGAUAAUUGCUUUAAGUGGCGAAAGUUGCCAGCUGAUUAUCUUCUACCUCCUCAGUGGACAUGUCAGGACAACAUUUCAGAUCAUAGCAGGUCCUCUUGUUCCGUCCCAGACGAUUUAACACCCAGAGAGCUUGAAAAUCUUCUCAAAAUGGACAAGGAUUUCAAGAAACAAAGAAGUGCAGCAGGCCAAAGGAUAACACAGGCCCAUGAUUCUUCUGAUUUAGAUUCUCAAGCAAAUGGGAUAAGCAUUGCUGGUGACCUAAGAGAGCCUGGUCCCGCAUCAGUUGCAACAACAACUAAACACCCAAGGCAUCGACCUGGAUGUUCUUGCAUUGUGUGCAUCCAGCCUCCCAGUGGGAAGGGUAAGCAUAAUCCGACAUGUACUUGCAAUGUCUGCAUGACAGUGAAACGUCGUUUCAAGACACUUAUGAUGCGCAAAAAGAAGCGUCAAUCAGAACGUGAAGCGGAACUUGGCCAGAGGAAUCAGCUUAUGUGGAGUUCCAAGGAAGAGACUGAAGUGGACAGCUUCUCUAGACAAGUGAAACCAGAAGUUGAUCCAUCAGACAAAGAAAGAUCUGGAAGCGAGACACUGGCGAGGGGCCAUAGCAGCAAUCAAUUGCAGAAGCUUCCUGAAAUAAGUAAGUCGCAAUUAGACUUAAACUGUCACCCAAAUCGUGAAGAUACAGGUUCAUCUCAUAUUAGCAUGAUGUCUCUUCUUCAGCAAGCAUGUCUGCCGCUAGAGACAUAUCUGAGGCAGAAUGGUCUAACAAGCUUAGUUUCUGAGCAACAAGGGAGCUCAGGGUCCCAAGGGUUUCCCCAAGACACCAGAGAAAGUGACCUACGCGUCCAAGAGGAUCUGUGCCUUGCUUCUACUGCUCAAGAGCAAGAAAAGGAUGUCGCUAAGGAAAGCUCUGAACCAGAUCAAAGUGGAAAAGACCAAUGAUGAGACAUGAAAUCCUUUUGCUUGCAAUUGCUCCUUUCUAUUCUUUUUCUUGAUGGACCAACAAUACAGGAGAUUUCCACUACCUUGUUGAUAUCUUGUAGUUAUUAGGAGUGUCAAGCAAUUGGAUGUUAAAAUAUUUGUGUUUAUAGGUUGUACCACGUGUCCUGAAAAAUAUAUUUAGAUGCUUUCCCUCAUGAGUAACAACUUUUAAAUGUCAUAUAAUUU